AUGUUGCCGAAGCUGAAGGCUCUCCUCGUAGGGGGUGGACGAAGCUCGCCACCAGUAGUCUCUGUCGCCCGGCUGUUGGAGAUCCUAGUUCAAUCGCCAUUGAAUGAAAGCCAACCAACCGACUCCUGCGCGGCGUUUGUGCAGCCCAAUGAUGAUUUGGAUAUUGUUCUUGGAAUGAUGCUCGACGCACGGGCGCAGAGCCAGGCGCAGUCUGCCUUGAACAAUGUUCGUUUUCGGGAAUGGAUGAAUCAGGAACCUUCCGAUCUGCUCCUCGUUAAUGCUAACCUCCGAUUGUUUGCCCUUCACAAUGUCUCUCCCAUCUCCGUCUCCUUCGCAUCGUUUGUGAUGAGCAUGGCUGAAACCCGACCGGAGGAUGUGCUCUCGAUGGUCUUAAAUCGGCGAGAACUCCUAAACAUUGAUUUCAUCAAUUCGAGAAGCACUUUGAAGCAGCUGGAGAAGCACGACUUGUAUAAGCUUUGCUGGUUGCUGCACAAACUGGUCCGCCAGUUUUCAUCGGAGAUGACAGUCUACCGUGUUAUUGAUGCAGUGUCUUGCUUUGAUAACGAUCUUCAUGGGAGCUUUCAUGAGUUGGCGGUUGUGCUCGAGUUCUUGCAUGCUGUUGUGCAGGACGACACACUCCGAGCACGAUUCAAGGUCUUGAUGACCAACGCAGACCAGAGCACCAAGCGACUACGUCAGCGAGUAGAUGUGGAACAACAUGUCACUUUGAACUCUCAGUAUCUGUCGCCUCAGAUGAUUUCCGACCAGUCCAUGGCAGCAGGCAUUGAACAGAGGAAGAUUAAGGUAUGCUGA